AUGGAUGAGAAAACUGUGUUUGCAACAAAGGGAAAGGUGAGAAACUAUAUACUCGAUGAUAUUGCCUUAUCCAUUCUAUCGAAAUUGCCUCUUAAAUCUUUGAAGCGAUUUGGAUGCGUUCGUAAAUCUUGGUAUCUCUUAUUUGAAGAUACUCAUUUCAUGAACAUGUUCCGCAACAAUUUCUUAUCUAAUUUGCAUUGUGGUCCUUAUUACGACGGAGCAUCUCUACUCUUACAGUUGAAUGAACCCUAUUAUGAAGAUGGUUUUUAUUCUCUUUCGGGUGAGAGGUUUGAGAAUAAGGUGAAAUUAGAUUUUUUAAAUCCAUUCGCAAACCUAUACAAUUUUCGUAUUUUUGGUUUUGGUAGUAUUAAUGGUAUACUUUGUCUCUAUGAGUAUGAUCAUUCGGGCAAAAUUAUAUUGUUGAUGCCAGAAACCCAGGCAAUCAAGAUCCUUCCUUCUUACAACAUUGGUUCAAUUAAGUGGUUUAUCCCAGAUGAUGCUAAGGAUUUUGUUGAUGUUCGUAUUAUUUCCGACGUUCAUGGAUUUGGUUAUGACCAUGUUAUAAAUGACAUUAAAGUCAUUCGAUAUGUACAUUUUAUUAUAGUGCCAUCACUGGUAUACCCUGGUUACGUAGAAGAGAUAAUGUCUCUAUAUUGGUCGGGAGAAAUAUCAUUAGGACCUUUAUGGGAGAUAUAUAGUCUAAGAAGUAACUUGUGGAGGAAACUUGAUGUUAGCAUGCCAUCUUCUUCACACUAUACUGAGGGAACCCAAGUAUACCUGGGUGGAGUGUGUCAUUGGUUGUCUGAAAAAGAUGAAGAAGAAAAUCCUGAUGGACCAUGUUUGGUGUCAUUUUACUUGAGUAGUGAGGUGUUCUUAGUAACACCCAUACCCUCAGACUUAGAUGAUUGUUUCGAUGUUGAAGCAUUGUGGAUAAACCUGGCAGUGAUAAAUGAUUUCAUUGCAUUGAUCUCAUAUCAUGAACAAACUACUAAUUUUCACAUAUCAAUUUUGGGUGGAUUAGGUAUGAAGGAAUCAUGGACCAAACUCUUUAUUCUUGGACCACUAUCUUGCAUUAAGCAUCCUAUCGGAGUUGGGAUAAAAGGGGAAAUAUUCUUUCAAAGAAAAGACGAAGAAUUAGUCUGGUUUGAUCUAAGUACCCAAAAGAUUGAGGAACUUGGUUAUAAAGCUAGGGGUUGUUCUACUCGAAUAAUAAUAUACAAGGAAUACAUUCUUCCAAUUGGAGGAGCAAGUAGCUAA